CGUGUUGGUGGCGCUGCGUCGCCGGUGCAACCAGAUUUGGUGGCAGAGAGUUGGGAUAUGGAGUGUGAGUGGUGGAGCUGACCGGGACAUGUCUGACUAGAAAGCUGCGUUAUCUUCCAACAGUUACAGUUUUAAAUCCCCGUGGCCAAGAUGGGGCAGUGCGGCAUCACGUCCUCGAAGACGGUCCUGGUCUUUCUGAACCUGAUAUUCUGGGCCGCUGCUGGUAUCCUGUGCUACGUUGGAGCCUAUGUCUUCAUUACAUAUGAUGACUACGAUCAUUUCUUCGAAGAUGUGUAUACUCUCAUCCCAGCAGUUAUCAUCAUUGCAGUUGGAGCCCUCCUUUUCAUUAUUGGGCUCAUUGGAUGCUGUGCUACUGUGAGAGAGAGCUACUGUGGACUUACAACGUUUGUGAUCAUUCUCCUGCUGGUUUUCGUGACCGAAGUGGCAGUGGUGGUUCUUGGAUAUGUUUACAGAGCAAAGGUUGAGAAUGAAGUUAAUAGUUCUAUCAAGAAAGUGUAUGAUGAGUACAACGGCACCAACAGCAAUGCCCAGAGCCGUGCCAUCGACUACGUUCAGAGACAGCUUCAGUGCUGUGGGAUUCAUAAUUACUCAGACUGGCAGCAUACACACUGGUAUGAAGAAUCCAAAAACAACAGCGUACCCAUCAGCUGCUGCAAAACUAACAUUGGAAGCUGUACAGGGUCCCUAACUCAUCCUGAAGAUCUCUACCAAGAAGGCUGCGAGGCUCUGGUUGUGAAGAAGUUGAAGGAGAUCAUGAUGUAUGUCAUCUGGACUGCUCUGACAUUUGCUGCCAUCCAGAUGCUGGGGAUGCUGUGUGCAUGUGUCGUGUUGUGCCGCAGAAGCAGAGAUCCUGCCUACGAGCUUCUUAUUACAGGGGGCACCUACGCAUAAAGGAGAACACAUUUCUUAUCUUAACACAAACUUUCAAUAUUUACGUGUCAUCGGUGAGAGCAUGAAAAUAACCUAAUACCACAUUAACCUUAACACACUAACCACACUAAAGUUAUGGAGCUUACCCAUUUUUUUUCUUUUCAAAAAAAAAGAAAAAAAGAAAAAAGCUUACGACCAAAUUCUUUAAUGGUCAGUGAGAAUGAGAUGUAGAAAACAAUCUGUUGCUCUGAGGAUGGCAUGAGGGUGUUAGACCUCAUUCUUACCAAACUUAAACUCUGUUAGUCGUGUAUGGAGUAAAAUGUCGACAGGAUCAUUUCUUCAUAUGUUAGUUUGCACUAUGUGUAUGGCUUUGAAAUAUUUUAUAUUUAAACUUGUCAUGUACUUGAAUGAAAGAGUGUAUAAUUUCACCCUGUACCUCUGCUGCUAUUACUACUGCUACUACUAUUCUGCUUAAACUACUACAAUUACAGUUCAGUUUUGGUUAAAACAUCUACUUUCACCAGCAGUAUUCUGUCAAGAAAUAGUAGACACUACGGCCCAAAUGACACAGCAGGUUUUUGGGUGUAAACCAUGAAACUUAAGUGGCUUUGGCUUAGCUGAUCCUUCUUUUAAGAAUCAAACCUUGUAACCCUCUUUAGUAUGUGGGAUAUAUUGAGUAGUUAUAGUGGACACAAGAUAGAUUUUGUCCUAUAGCUGUUUUGUUCGUCUUUUUCUCAACAGUCUACUGUUUGUAGUUUUUAGAAUUUGCUUUGCUGAUUAUGUAGGAACAUCAAAACUCAAGAAUGUAAAUAAAAUGUGAGGUGGAAGUUUGAAAUCAAA